AUGAGGCUCAAACGGGACUAUAUUGGGAACACAAACCAUAUGAAUUGUCUUACCCUUACUAUUCUCCUCCACCACCAUCACCAUCACCAUCACCAUCACCCCCCUCUGCCAUGUAAUCCUACUCCACCGCCUCCAUGCAAUCCUCCUCCGCUGCCACCUCCACCUCCGCCAUCUGCAUGUCCACCACCUCCUCCUGUUGCUCCAUAUACACCCCCUUGUCAUGGCCAACAUUGUGGACAUCAUCAUCAUCCACCUAGUGCUUCACCACCAACACUACCUCCAUUCAGCCCUCCUCCUCCUCCGCCGCCGCCGCCGCCGCCGCCUUCUCCUUCUGUCACUCCAUAUUCACCCCCUUGUCAUGGCCAGCAUUGUGGACAUCAUCAUCAUCCACCUAAUGCUUCACCCCCAACAACGCCUCCAUGCAGCUCUCCUCCUCCGCCGCCGCCGCCUCCACCACCUCCUCCUGUUGCUUCAUAUUCACCCCCUUGUCAUGGCCAACAUUGUGGACAUCAUCAUCAUCCACCUAGUGCUACACCCCCAACACCGCCUCUAUUCAGCCCUCCUCCUCCUCCUCCUCCGCCGCCGCCGCCUCCACCACCUCCUCCUGUUGCUUCAUAUUCACCCCCUUGUCAUGGCCAACAUUGUGGACAUCAUCAUCAUCCACCUAGUGCUACACCCCCAACACCGCCUCUAUUCAGCCCUCCUCCUCCUCCGCCGCCGCCGCCGCCACCUCCACCUUCUUCUCCUGUUGCUCCUUAUUCACCUCCUUGUUAUGGCCACCAUUGUGGACAUCAUCAUCAUCCACCUAGUGCUUCACCCCCAACACAGCCUCCAGGCAGCUCUUCUCCUCCGCCGCCGCCACCUUCACCUCUUUCAUCCGCAAGCCCACCACCACCUCCUCCUGUUGCUCCACAUUCACCUCCUUGUCAUGGCCACCAUUUUGGACAUCAUCACCAUCCACCUAGUGCUUCACCCCCAACACAGCCUCCAAGCAGCUCUUCUCCUCCGCCGCCGCCACCUUCACCUCUUUCACCCGCAAGCCCACCACCACCUCCUCCUGUUGCUCCAUAUUCACCUCCUUGUCAUGGCCACCAUUGUGGACAUCCUCAUCAUCCACCUCCUACAUCCCCAACACCAACUCCGACACCCGCAUCGCCGCCUUAUCCACCGAAAACACCAUCCAAUGGCCCGGUUGUUCCGCCACCUAAACACUCAAAACCACCAAGAAACUCACCAAGUCCUGGUGGCCCAAUUGUUCCACCGCCUAAACAUUCAAAACCACCAAAAGGCUCAACAUCUCCUGGUGGCCCAGUUGUUCCGCCGCCUAAACAUUCAAAACCACCAUAUCCCUCACCAACUCCCGGCGGCCCAAUUCCACCAAAAACUCCUGCACCAACACCUGGUAAACCACAAACCCCAGCUUACCCACCAUAUUAUUCCCAUCCACCAAUUCCUACCAAGCCUGGUGGUCCAGUGUACCCACCAGGAGGUCCAGGAGUACCCUACACGCCGCCAAAUGGGGGGCCUAUAGCACCUUCACUAAACACCCCUUUUUCGCCGCCGUCAAACACUCUCGUUCCACCGCCUUCAGGUGGUGGCAACAACCACACAACCAUAAUUGCAGUGUGCGUUUCUCUUGGUGGUUUAUUCUUCCUUGCAUUCCUCGCAGUCGGUCUAUUUUGCUUAGCCAAGAAGAAGAAGAAGCCUAUUAUGGUUCCUGCGGCUGCAGCGGCUGCUUGUGAGGAACGUGAAGAUCCACAAAGACAUCACGGCGAAGAAGCUGCGGUGGCCCAUGCUCAUGGAGGUGGAGAGAUAAGUGGAGGAAUGCAUCCUUAUCGUCAUUCUUCAGGCUACAAUUAUUAGCAAGCCAAAAAAUCUGCACUCUUAUUUCCUUGUUAUUGUUGAGACCUUUGGUACGUUAGAUGGAAAAGACACAAACAAAACUCAGAAAAAAAAAAAAAAAAUUAAGAUUUCAUCUAAUGUCACGUACCAAUUGUGGUUUGUGUUAUCGUUGGGCUGUGUUUUAGAAAUGGAACUGAAAUUUCAUUUUCGUUUUCUUGAUUUUAUUUAUUUAUGUAGGAUGUUUAAUAAAGGAUUGGAGGGUACCAAAUGUCAAGCAAUUGUUUCAUUUUGGUCCCAAUGCAAGAUAAUUUUGUGUGCAGCUACGUUCAUUAUCAAAUAAAAAACCAUUGUUGCCUUUUAA